AUGACGCAGAGGCUGGCAAACGCAAUCGACAAGGAAUAUGCGGGCUGCGAUGGUGAUGGUAGCGUGCCCAGCAGCUGCAAAGAAGCGUCAGCGUCAGCAGCAGCAGCAGCAGCAGCAGCAGAAGCAGAAGCAGAAGCUCAGCCUGAUGCUCUGGAACGAUGCAUCAGCACGCACACCACGCGCACGCUAGGUCCGCCACCUGACGGAGGCCUUUUAGCAUGGACACAAGUCGUCGGUGCAUUCUUUUUGUUUGUCAACUCGUGGGGCAUUGCCAACACGUACGGCGUCUAUCAGACGUACUACGAACAGACGCUAUUCAGCGACCAUUCUUCCGAACAGAUCGCAUGGAUCGGUAGCUUGCAAAGCUUUCUGCUGCUCAUCGUCUCUGCUCUUGCAGGUCCACUCUUCGACAAGGGCUACUUUCGCUCCCUCGUCACACUCGGCUCUCUGCUCGUCGUCUUCGGCAUGAUGAUGACCAGCCUGUGCACUGCGUACUGGCAGGCCAUCCUAGCACAAGGUUUGGUCGUCGGUGUAGGAGCGGGCUGCUUGUUCGUUCCAGCAGUCAGCAUCGUAGCCACCUACUUUGACAAGAAGAGGGCUCUCGCUGUAGGCAUCGUCACGGCCGGAUCGUCCAUCGGCGGCGUCGUCUAUCCCAUCAUCUUUAUUCGAUUGGUCGACAAGCUGGGUUUCGCUUGGACAACGCGCAUCAUCGCUUUCAUCGCGCUCGCUACGCUCAUCGUGCCUGGCGCCGGCAUGAAACCGAGAAUCAGAGCGGCAAAAGCUCGACCUUUGCUGUUGCCGCGCGCCUUUCUCGAAGUGCCUUACUCUACCUUUACCCUUGGCCUCUUUACCGGAUUCAUGGCCUUGUACAUUCCAUUCUUCUUCAUCACACCCUACGCACGCGCUCAGACGGGCGCCAACGCCACUCUGGCAACCUACAUGCUACCCAUUCUCAAUGGCGCAUCCACAUUUGGACGCGUGCUGGGCGGCUCGGUAGCUGGCCGAAUCGGUCCUCUCAAUACGCUCAUUCCUUGCACUCUAGCAGCAGCAAUACUGGCAUUCGCAUGGAUCGGCAUUCACAACGUACCAGGCAUCAUCGUCUUUUCCGUACUGUAUGGCUUCUUCUCCGGCACUUUUGUCAGCUUGCCCCCUUCCACCAUGGCUGCGCUCAGCCCCGACUUGUCACAGAUCGGAACGAGGAUGGGACAGAGCUUCUUUGUUGCUGGGUUGGGUGUGCUGAUCGGCACACCGGUAGCGGGUGUGCUCAUCAAGGGCGACGACUUUGUCCGCACACAGAUCUUCUGCGGAGCACUCAUUGCCGUUUCAGUUGUCUUGAUGGUCACUGCUCGAGUGGCCAGGACAGGACCCGUAUUGCUCGCCACAUCAUGA